ACUCAUACCCGACCGGAUCUGACGGAAGAACAACAAGAAUUGAUAAGUAAGAUCAUCAGGGUAGACCAGGCUGGUGAAUUGGGAGCGAAUUGGAUAUACAGAGGUCAGAAAUGGGCUAGUUUGAUGAGAGGGGAUUUGAAGACUGCUAAAGAUGUUGAAGAAAUGUGGGAAAACGAAAAACAUCAUCUUCAUAUAACUCAUUUACUUCAAAAACAACAUCAUAUCCGUCCUACACUUCUUUACCCUGUAUGGCAAGGGUUAGCUUUUUUCUUAGGUGCAAGUACAGGUUUAGCAGGAAGAGAAGCUGCUAUGGCAUGUACGGAAGCUGUUGAGACUGUCAUUGGUGAACAUUAUGAUGAUCAAUUAAAAGCAUUACAACCACUCAUCUCUCCUUCUCCUUCAUCAUCUCUAUCAAACUCCACACCCGACUAUCAUACAUCUUCACAAUCCAUGAUCGAUUCGUCAUCCCUUCCAGUCAAACCCCAUCCUUCACUCCCGUUAUUAGCCAAUAUCAUCCGAGAAUUCAGAGAUGACGAAUUAGAACAUCUUGAUAUUGCGGUAGAAGGAGGAGCUCAGAAAGCUCCUGGACACGCUUUCUUAAGUGCCGUAGUGGGAUUAGCAUGUAAAGUCGCUAUUAAAGUAUGUGAGAGGGUUUGA